GUUAUUUUUUGGGGUUUCUGAAAAACUCGUUUUCUAGAAAACCAGGUCUUCGAAGGGCUAUGCGGAAGCCGCAUGGUCGAUAACCUAUAACCCACUAGAUUCCGAGCAAAAAGCGUUUAAUCACUUCUUGGGGUUCCCUCGUAAGCUUUAAUUAAAACGUUUAUUGUAUUGAUAAACACUAUGUUUUACUUCACGUAGAUUUUUGAACUUUUAUUGAAAUUAUAGACGGAAAACUUGUACAAAUUAAUGGAGAUGAACCAUUCAUAUAUAACGUAUAUAAAUCAAAGGAAGAUAAUAAAAAACGCUAUUCGGCAAUUGGAAAACUUGUUGAAAAAGAAAUAUACCGACUAUUGGAAACAGAAUGUGAUUUGGAUCGUGUUCCAAUUCCAAUUCAUGCUGGCAGGAACGACCCAACAAGUUUCAUAUUUAUGAGCAAAGGUGCAUUAUCUCAAAAGUAUUUGUUGAUAAUCAUUCAUGGUGCAGGCGCUGUUAGAGCGGGAGAGUGGAGCAGAAGACUGAUAUUGGAGGAAGGAUUAGAAGUUGGCUCUCAGAUACCUUAUAUCAAACGUGCCAUGGAAUAUAAUUACGGAAUUAUUGUAACAAAUACAAAUUAUAAUAUUAGUGAAUCAACAGGAUCACGUAGACCAAAUUUAAUACGAAAUCGUUUACUGUUUGUUAAUUCACCAUCAAAACGUUCAGCAAUCAUUCAAAGUAGCUCAAAUCGAACCGUGCCUCAGUGA